AUGCGUUUCGUGGUUGGAGAUGACACAGGCCUCGUGAAGGAAGUUCUCGGAGCUGAGCAGAAGCUCGGCCGGAAGAUGGGCUCACAAGCCCUAGGCGAGGCCGUCACACACCUCGCAUGGGCAUGUGCCGCGGGAGAGGAGACUCGAUUCGCAGUGGUUCGAUCAUGCGGUCGAAUCGAGCUUGUCGAUAAUACCAUUGGGGAUGCAUGGACAGUGCUCAAGACGUGGCAGACCAGUGAUGACGUCAAGACGGCCUACUGGGAGGACGGCAAAUUAUCGUUCAUUAGCGGUGACGUCAUCAAGGAGUUCCCUGAGCUCAGCUGUCAAGGUCUGCGCUGUACGUCCUGGUAG